CUUCUAUACGCAACCUUUACUGGUGACGUCGCUACCAUAGCAACCCACGAGCCAGCACUAAGCCGGCCUCGCGCAGAGCUCGCGGUCCCGCUGAUUCUAGGCUGGACCCUACGCGGAGACCACGACAGUGGGGCGGCCGAGCCACGAUGCCCAGUGAAACUCUCUGGGAAAUUGCAAGAGCUGAAGUGGAAAAACGGGGAAGUAAUGGAAGUGAAGGCAAUGGAGUUGAAACUGGAGAAAAGUCUGUUUUCUUCAUUGGCAGUAAAAACGGGGGAAAGACUACUAUUAUUCUAAGGUGUCUUGACAGGGAUGAGCCACCAAAACCAACCUUAGCCUUGGAAUAUACAUAUGGAAGGAGAGCAAAAGGACAUAACAUACCAAAAGAUAUUGCUCAUUUUUGGGAACUAGGUGGAGGAACCUCUUUACUGGAUUUAAUCAGCAUACCAAUCACAAGUGACACCUUACGGACAUUUUCUAUUGUUCUUGUUUUGGACCUUUCGAAACCUAAUGACCUUUGGCCCACCAUGGAAAAUCUGUUGCAAGCCACAAAACUUCAUGUAGAUAAAGUGAUGAUGAAACUGGGGAAGAAAAAUGCUAAAGCAGUUUCUGAAAUGAGACAGAAGAUAUGGAGCAACAUGCAGAAGGACCAUCCAGAUCGUGAAUUAAUUGACCCAUUUCCAAUUCCUCUGGUCAUAAUUGGAAGUAAAUACGAUAUUUUUCAGGAUUUUGACUCUGAGAAGAGGAAGGUAAUAUGCAAGACACUUCGAUUUGUUGCACAUUAUUAUGGAGCAUCAUUAAUGUUUACCAGUAAAUCAGAAGCUCUAUUACUAAAAAUACGUGGAGUUAUUAACCAGUUGGCAUUUGGCAUUGACAAAAGCAAAUCAACAUGUGUGGAUCAGAAUAAACCACUGUUUGUCACAGCAGGAUUGGAUUCUUUAAGUCAAAUAGGAUCUCCUCCCGUUCCUGACAAUGACAUUGGAAAGUUUCAUGCCCAUUCACCAAUGGAAUUGUGGAAAAAAGUGUAUGAAAAGCUCUUUCCACCAAAGAGUGUCAACACAUUAAAAGAUGUCAAGGACCCUGCAAAAGACCCUCAGUAUGCUGAAAGCGAAGUUGAUGAAAUGAGAAUUCAGAAGGAUCAGACAUUGAACAACAUGUAAGAGGCCAGGAGGCAAUCCCCUUAGAUGAUCCCUUUUGCAGGAACUGGAACAGUACAAAAGAAGUUCUUCCAAGUCUUGGAAACAAAUUGAGCUUGGUUCCUGAACCUAAUGCAACUAGAGGGUAUUUAUUUCUUCUUUUCCAAAUACAAGUAAGAUUAUUUUAUUACUUAAUAUUAUAUUAAUAAGUGAGGAAAGUCUACAUGUGUAAUUUGUUAAAGUGGAAUUUCUUGUAUUAGUGCAACUCCCUGCAUACUUUUAACUCUCUUAAAAGGGAAAAAUUUGUAUAAUUACAUGCAAUAUUUUUUUAAAAAUAAAAAAUCUUGCAGGACCUACCUUUAACAUGUUUAAGUAGUGUAUACUUGGUUCAGCGUCUGUAAGUUUCUGUUUAUGUUUUCAGGAAUAUGAAAGCAAGAGCAUUUAGUAACAGUUGUGAGUAUAAGGUUAAGCAUUUAUAUUAGACACAUUCCUUCUCUAAGGAGUUCUCAGCUGUGUCUGGUAAGAAAAGUAGAAUUGGGGUCACUUUCACAGGUGUCAUCAUUUUACUCUAAUUAAUGGUAAGGCACAAGAAGCAUCGGAAGUACUUUUUUAAAAUGCACAUUUCUGAGCAGCAAUCAAGAUGGUGGAAUAGUAGGAAGGGAAGCUCACCUUCUCCCACAAAUACAUCAAAAACACAUCUACAUGUGGAACGAUUCUCACAGAAUAUCUACUGAACACUGGCAGAAGACCUCAGACUGUUGAAAGGGCAAGAAAAUCUCCAGGUAACUUCCAGGUAGGAAAAAAUAAAAUGAGAAAGGAAUCGAGAUGGGACCUGCACCCCUGGGAGGGAGCUAUGAAAGAGGAAAGGUUCCUGCACCCGGGAAAGCCCCUUCACUGGUGGGGAGAUCUGCUGGGACAGAAGGGGAGCUUCAGAGACUCAGAGGAGAAUGCAGCAGCCGGUUUGUGGCAGCCAGAGCAGAGGGAAAACUGCACAGAUGGUCUGUUCAGUGCUGCCGCCCUGCACUCACCAGCCUGAGAUGCAGGUCCACCGGUGCGGGUGGGGACUGGGUGCCGGAACUCGGGCUUUGGAGAUCAGACCCAGGGAGAGGACUGGGGUUGGCUGUGCAGAAACAGCCUGGGGCAGCUGGAAUCUAGUGCGACUGCAACUGAUGGUGUAUGGGGAGGAAACCUGGGCUGCCUUAGAGGCCAGGCGCCAUUGUUUGGGGGUGCACGAGGGAAGGGGUGGGACCGCCAUUGUAGCCUUUUUCUCUGUGUGCACUCACAGAGGGCAGGACACCACAUGCACGGGCUCCAGGAGCCACCUGGAGGGAGGCAAGCCACCGCCUCCCUCACAGACUCUAGGAGCAGUCUCCAGCCACCUCUGCUCCUGUCACAUGCUCUGGGGGCACACCAGAGUCACCACUGCUGCCAAGAACCCCAAGACCAGGCACCAGCCGCCGCAUCUGCACACCCCUAUCAAUCAAUAAAGGGGAUAACAACCAGCACACACUGAGGAAAGAGUCAACAGGCAUCCAUAAUAAAAACAGGCCUUGCACCCAAUAUAUUAAACUCACACAAGCUACACAGGACAUCCCCACAUAUAAAUAGCUCUCCAAGAUCACAGUAGAUAAUUGUUUCUCCUAAACUCACAGAGUAAGAGAAAUAUAAGUAAAAUGAAGAAGCAGAGGAACCACUCCCAGUUAAAAGACCAAGAGAAUUCCCCUGAAAGAACAAAUAAUGAAACAGACCUCUUUAGUCUAAUAGACAUCAAUUUCAAAAAGGAGAUAAUGAAAAUAAAUACUGAAGGAAUUAAGAAAGGCUAUCAACAGAAAUGCAGAGUACUGUAAAAAGGAACUAGAAACUAUAAAAAGGAACCCAGAAAAAUUAGAAAACUCAUUUGCAGAGAUGAAAGCUGAGCUAAAGGCAAUGAAUAGCAAAAUGAAUAAUGCAGAAGAAUGAAUAAGUGAUCUGGAAGAUAGAUAGAAUAAUGGAAAUCACCCAAUCAGGGCAGCAGACAAAGCCAAAUGAAAAAAAAAAAAGCAAUAUGAGAGACCUAUAGGAUAAUAUAAAGCAUGCCAAUCAAUGCAUAAUAGGGAUUCCAGAACGGGAAGACAGAGAAAAGGGGAUCGAAAAUGUAUUUGAAGAAAUUAUGGCUGAAAAUUUCCCAAACAUAAAGAAGGAAACAGAUAUCCAGGUACCGGAAGCACAGAGGGUCCCAAACAAGAUAAACCCAAACAAACAGACCUACACCAAGACAUAUUAUAAUAAAAAUGGCAAAAGUUAAAGAGAGGAUUCUAAAGGCAGCAAGAGAAAAACUAAAGAGUUAAUUACAAGGGAACCCCCAUAAGGCUGUUACCAUCUGGCCUCUACAGAAAUGUUUGCAGGCCAGAAGGGAGUGGCAAGAUACAUUCAAAGUCCUGAAAGGAAAAACUCUGCAACCUAGGAUACUCUACCCAGCAAGAUUAUUAUUUAGAAUAGAAGGAGAAAUAAAGAAUUUCUCAGACAAGCAAAAACUCAAAGAAUACAGCGAUACUAAACAAUAUAUCCUAAAGGAAAUAUUGAAAGGUCUUCUCUAAGAAGACCUAAGUAGGUCUUCUCUAUAGGAAAGAGAAAAUUACAAUUGAAAAGUAAAUCACUUAAGUAAGCCAGUACACAGAUUUAAAAAAACAUCAAAAAAUUUCUGUGAAAGUGAUGAUAACCACAAUGAACAGCAAAAGGAUAGAGAUGUAAGAGGACAUCAAAAUCAUAAAAUGUGGAGAAGGAGAGUAAGAAAAUGUAGGGUUUUUUUUCUUUCCCCUAGAAUGUGUUUGAGCCUAUAUGACUACCAGUCUAAGGCAAAUAGAUAUAGGAAGGGGUUAACAUACUUGAAAAACAGGGUAACCACAAAUCAAAAACAUACAACAGACUCACAAAAACCAAAAAGAAGAGAACAUAAGUAUAAUACAAAAGAAAGGCAUCAAACCACAGAAGGAAAAAAAAAAAAGAAAGGGACAAAGAAGAAAUAUAAAAUUAAUGAGAAAACGAGUUUUUAAAUGGCAAUAAAUACAUAUCUAUCAAUAAUUACCUUAAAUGUCAAUGGAGUAAAUACUCCAGUCCAAAGACAGAGUGGCAGAUUGGAUAAAAAACACAAGCCUACGAUAUGCUGCCUACAAGACACCCACUUUAGGGCAAAGGACACACAAAGACUGAACGUGAGGGGACGGAAAAAGAUAUUUCAUGCAAACGGAAAUGACGAGAGCAGGGGUCGCAAUGCUCAGACAAAAUAGACUUUAAAACAAAGGCCAUAAAGAAAGAUAAAGAGGGAUACUAUACAAUGAUAAAAGGUUCAAUACAAGAGGAGGAUUUUACACUCAUCAACAUAUAUGCACCUAAUAUAGGAGCACCCAAAUACAUAGAACAAAUACUGACGUAAAGGGAGAAAUAGACAGGAAUACAGUAAUAAUAGGAGAUUUUAACACGCAUUCACAUCAAUGGACAGAUCUUCUAAGACAGAGAUUAAGGCAACAGAGAUCCUAAAUGAUACAAUAGAACAGUUAGACUUAAUUGAUGUUUUCAGGACAUUACAUCCAAAAAACCUAGAAUACACCUUCUUUUCAAGUGCACAUGGAACAUUCUCUAGGAUUAACCACAUACUAGGGCACAAGACAAGCCUCAACAAAUUUAAGAGUAUAGAAAUUAUUUCAAGCAUCUUUUCUGACCACAACAGCAUAAACCUAGAAAGUAUCCACAGAAAAAGUGGGAAAAAAUGAUUACAUGGAGAUUAAACAACAUGCUUCUAAAAAACAGAUGGGUCAUCGAUGAAAUCUAAGAGGAAAUUUUAAAACUACCUUGAGACAGGGCUUCCCUGGUGGCGCAGUGGUUGAGAGUCCACCUGCUGAUGCAGGGGACGCGGGUUCGUGCCCCAGUCUGGGAGGAUCCCACAUGCCGCGGAGUCCGGAGCCUGUGCUCCGCAGCAGGAAAGGCCACGGCAGUGAGAGGCCCGCGUACCGCAAAAAAAAAAAAAAAAAAACAACCUUGAGACAAAUGACAAUGAAAACACAACCAUACAAAAUCUAUGGGAUGCAGCAAAAGCAAUUCUUAGAGGGACGUUCAGAGCAAUAUAGGCCUUCCUCAAAAAAACAAGAAAAAUCUCAAACAACCCCACCUACCACUUAAAAAAAUCAGAAAAAGGAGAACAAACAAAACCUAAAGUCAGCAGAAGGAAAGAAAUAAUAAAGAUCAGAGAGGAAAUAAAAGAGAUUUUAAAAAAUAGAAAAAAAUGAAUAAAACCAA